AUGUCAUUCUCUUCAUUAAUUACAACCAUCCCUUCAACUAUAUUAAAACAUUAUAUCGAAGGUCCACCUAAAAAAUCAUGGGAUUUAACGUUUCAUAUAGCAGUGGCAUUGGUUAAAAAUAAUUUGAAACAAUCGAAUUUGUCUAUUGAACAGAUUCAAAAAGAAUUUAUUGAACGGUCUAAUAUAAAAAUUCCUUCUAAUAUAACUAUAAAAAAAGUUAUAUUAGGUGAACGAUAUAGAUUAAAGAGUAGAAUAUACAUAGAAAAAAUUUUAAAACAAUAUGAAGAUGUAUUAGAUGAAAAAUGGAAAGAUCCAAGUGAUGAAUUCUAUGGGGAAUGGGUAUAUAUUAAUGGAGAGGAAGAAAAUAGAAAUAAAGAAACUGAUAAAGUAGUUUUACAUAUGCAUGGUGGCGCAUAUGUUCUGGGUUCAACUGAAUUCAGUAGAAUGUUUACGAUAAAUUUUGCAAAGCAUGCUAAAGCUCGAGUUUUUUCAAUUAAUUAUCGUCUCUCACCACAAAAUCAAUUUCCUGCUUCUCUUUGUGAUUCAGUUGCAGCAUAUAUGUAUCUUAUAAAUCCUGGUUCAGAUGCAGGAUUUGAACCGAUUAAUCCUAAAAGAAUUAUAUUUGCUGGAGAAAGUGCAGGUGGCGGUUUGACUUUGGCAACAUUAUUAUUUUUAAGGGAUGCGGGAUUACCUUUACCGGGAGGCGCAAUUAUAUUGUCACCAUGGUUAGACUUGACUCAUAGCAUGCCAUCUUUUUGGGAUUCAGAAAUUGAUAAAAUCGAUUAUAUGCCUAAAGAAUUGGGCUUUUUCAAAAUUAAAACUUCAUCGCCUGUAAUGGAUCAAUAUAUCACCAAUGCGAAGGCUCUAGCUGAUAAAAUUGCUCAAAAAAAACCUACAAUUGUUGGUCAUCCCUCUUUUACCAAGGUGCCUCGUUUUCAAUUUUAUUGUGCUAACGAAGCAUUAGCAAUACCUUAUAUUAGGCAAGUGCAUCUUACAUAUGAAUCUUUGGGAGAUUUACCACCUAUUUUAUGUCAAGUUGGAGGAAGUGAAAGAUUUCGUGAUGAAGCAAUCUUAUUUAGUUUUAAAGCUUCAAAUCCUAAAGAAUAUAAAUUACCUUCAUAUGCAACUAAAAAUUUUGAAAAGUCCCCUUUUAAGAAUCCCACUAAAGUUUUGCUUGAAAUUUAUGACGAUAUGCCUCAUGUAUGGCAU